AUGUUUUACCGGACAGCUGCAGCCCAACAGCAAACGGCCGCAGCAAGGCAAAAUGUAUGCUCAAGGCUUGGAUUUCAGCUGCUAGCUACCCGGCCCUCCGUCGCUCAACAUCACCAACUCCAAGCGGCGGCCCCUUCCCAGUGGGGCUCAGCAAGCAGGGGCGCUGCAUCCUUAGGGUUGUUGCGGGUCGGCUCCCUCGUCGCGAUGAGCUGCAUUGCCGACGAAGCCCUAGCGGCAUCCUACACGACCGAGGAGCCAGUUGCCUCUGCUUCAGGUUUCGGCGUGGCAGCCGCAGUCGCGACGCAAGUCCCGAAAGAAAGCAUGGGAAAACCCGACAGCUCUGCCAAUCUGGUGCUCACCGCGGGGGCCUUCGUGCUGCCGCACCCCGACAAGAUGCAUAAGGGCGGGGAGGACUGGUACUUCAUCGCCAAAAACCGCAGAGCAGUCGGAGUGGCGGAUGGAGUGGGCGGAUGGGCCGAGGUGGGGGUGGAUGCGGGGGCCUACGCACGGCAGCUGAUGCGCAAUGCCGCGGACGUCGCAGAUGCGGCCACUCGAGGCAAUGGGGACGGCGGCGCUGAAUCCAGCGAGAUUUUGGAGCGUGCUUACGGCUUGACCACCGUCCGCGGCUCCUCUACUGCGUGUGUGGCGGUGUUGAAUGGCGACCACUUGGCGGUUUCAAAUCUGGGCGACUCGGGGCUGCUAAUUUUGAGAGCAGGCGCUGUGGCGUUCCACACGCCACAGCAGCAACAUGGCUUCAACUUCCCCUACCAGAUAGGGUCCCCCGACUCAAUGUCCGACCCGCCGCAGUCCGCACAGCGCUUCGAGAUUCGUGUGCAACCCGGAGACCUGAUCCUCCUUGGAACGGACGGGUUGUGGGACAACUGCUUCGACGAGGAGCUGGCCUGCGUGUUGCGGUACUGCAGGGAUCAGUCCAUGGACGCGCCCAAAAUGGCUGAGGUAGUGGCGCACUACGCACGACACCGCGCAUCGGACUCGAAGUUCGCGUCGCCCUUUGCGUAUUCCGCGUUCCAGGCUGGCUUUGCGUACAUGGGCGGUAAGAUGGACGACAUCACAGUGCUCAUCUGCCUGGUGCAGCAACCCGCCAAGAUGUGA